AUGACGCACAACUUUGAGAAGUCGGUCAAAGGGGCCACGAAGAUCAAACUCGCGCCCCCAAAAUCAAAGUACAUCGAACACAUCCUAGUAGCGACGCGCAGCGGAGAGGCCGGCGUUGGUGAAAUCUUUCGAACCCUACAAUUCCGAUUACGUGAUUCAACAUGGACGAUUGUUUUUAAAUCUCUCAUAGUUUUGCAUAUGAUGAUACGGGAAGGAGCAGAAAAUGCGACACUUGAAUAUCUUGCAGAUAAUCCCCGCAAGGUCGCCAUCAGCAGCUUUUCGGAAGUUCAAGCGCAAGGACAUAAUAUCCGGCGAUAUUCCGAUUACCUGAUUGCUCGCGCCAAGGCAUUCGCCGAUACCAAGGUCGACCAUGUACGAAGUGGACAAGGCCGGUUAAAGCGGUUGACGGUCAGCAAAGGUCUGUUGAGAGAAACAGAAGUCGUACAGAAGCAGAUCAAGGCAUUGCUCAAGUGUGAUCUCCUGACGGACGAAGUCGAGAAUGAAAUCACGUUAACGGCAUUCCGGCUUCUGACCAUGGAUUUGUUAGCCCUCUACUCUGUUAUGAAUGAGGGGACGAUCAAUGUGCUAGAACAUUAUUUUGAAAUGUCCCGCCCUGAUAGCGAGCGUGCCUUGCAGAUAUACAAGACUUUCAGCGCCCAGACAGAGGAAGUGGUGAAAUUUCUUGGUGUCGCUCGACACUUUGAAUAUGCUACGCGGCUUGAGAUUCCAAACCUCAAACAUGCUUCUACAGAUCUCACACAAUUGCUCGAGGAUGACCUGAAAGAUCCGGAUUUCGACCAGCGGCGACGAGAAUAUCAACUGCAAAGAGGUGUAAAGACAGCGGGUCGAGCUGGUCCCGGCUCCGCUGGCGGCAGGUCGCCAGUGUUGAGCAAAAAGGACACACUUUCCAGCUCUUCUAACAGACCUCAAACAGCCCCAGCACCCAAGACAGAGACCAAAGCACCGGCACCGGAUCUUAUCGACUUUUUUGAUAGCAUUGAGCCGAAACAACAACAGACCACGAUAGCACCAGCACCUCAACAACAACCGCAGCCAAAUUUCCAACAAGCCGGGUUUGGCCAGCAAAUGUUCCAGGCGCAGCCCGCCGGGUUCCCCGGCCAACAGGGCGUCUUUGCGCAACCGGCCCAGCCAGGUUUUAUUCAUCAGCCGACUGGGUUUGCUGGCGGUUUCAACCAGCUCAGUACAAACCCUUUCAAUCAGAUGCAACCCCAGCCUACACCACAGCAACUGCAACCCCAGGCCACGGGAGCCGGGUUUGGUGGAUACGGUCCUCAAUCUUACGGUUUUCAGAAUACACUAUCAGCCAUUCCUCAGGAAGGAGUUGCGACAUUCGCUCAGCAACAGCCCAUGGUGACUGGAAUACAGCCUCAGACGACGAACCCAUUCCGAGCAUCUAUGCUAGUCACAAAUCAAACUGGUGUGGCUGGUGGUUUCAGUCAGCCAGGACAGGUUACUCAACCAUUGACAAGACAAAACACCAACCCCUUCGCUAAAAGAUUAUCCGCAAUUCCACCAUUGAAUCCUCCUCCAAUGCCCUCCUUCCAACCAACUCAAUCUCCCGUACAGUCACUACAACCACAACGCACAGGAACAAAUCCAUUUUCAAAACAAUCUUCAUCUCUUCAACCCAACUCUCAGCAGCAGACCCUUCAACCUCUUCAACCUAAUCCAACCGGAAGUACAAACCCCUUCCGUCAAAGCGCGUUUAUCAACCAGCAGACAGGUCAGGGGUGGCACGUUGGCGGACAACAAGGAACAAUGGGUGGCCUUGAACAAAUGGGGACAGUGCCAGUAUUCCCUCGACCGGGAAUGGCAUAA